GUAUUGCUGUAACCCCUCUCUCUCUCUGUGUUUCUUAUCCAAAAAUAUACUCCAUUCAUCGUUGAAAUGAUAGAACACGAAAUAGGCAAAUCUCAAAUGCCGAGCAAAAUCUCAUCGCACCAAUGCCUCCACUUCUCACCAACCCUUCUCCUCCUCUCCUAAAACCCCAACUUCUCCUCCACAACCCUACGCUGCACUUUACCCAAUAUCAAUCCAACAAACUAACCCUCACUUCCAAACCUAAUCGAUGUCCACUCAUCACCGCCAGCCACGCCGCGUCUUCUGCGGCGACGUCCGAAAUCGACAUGGCGAAAAACAGACAAGGAGUCUACACUUCCAAGAAGAGCAAAGUCGUAGUUUUAUGGGACCUCGACAACAAGCCGCCACGUGGACCUCCUUAUCCAGCAGCCAUUGCUCUCAAAGAGUUGGCUCAGAAGUUCGGCGAGAUUAUUGAAAUGUCUGCUUAUGCAAAUCGCCACGCUUUUAUUCACCUCCCCAACUGGGUUAUGGAAGAACGGCGGGAGAGAAAGCAGUUAGAUAUUCUUGAAAGAAAAGGACUCGUGAACCAACCAGAAGCAUACGUUUGCGGAGUAUGCGGGCGUAAGUGCAAGACUAAUUUGGAUCUAAAGAAACAUUUUAAGCAGUUACAUGAGCGUGAGAGGCAAAAGAAACUGAAUAGAAUGAGAUCGUUAAAGGGGAAGAAACGACAGCGUUUUAAAGAGAGGUUUGUUUCCGGGAACCAUAAGUAUAACGAAGAAGCGAGAAAAUUGUUGACACCUAAAGUUGGGUAUGGAUUGGCGCAAGAAUUGAGGCGAGCUGGGGUUUAUGUUAAGACUGUGGAAGAUAAGCCGCAAGCUGCUGAUUGGGCUCUGAAGCGGCAAAUUGAGCAUUCAAUGAGUAGAGGAAUUGAUUGGCUGUUUUUGAUAUCUGAUGAUUCUGAUUUUGCUGAGACUCUGAGGAGGGCUAGAGAGGCUGAUUUGCGGACUGUGGUUGUUGGGGAUAGAGAUAGGGCAUUGGGGAGACAUGCUGAUUUGUGGGUGCCUUGGAUUGGUGUUGAGAAUGGGGAGGUUACUGAGAAUGAUUUGGUUCCCAAGAGUAGGGUUGAGAGUGAUGAUUUUGAGGAUAACAAUGGUUUCUUUUCGGUUUCGCAUUUUGAUGAGGAGAUUUGUGGUCGAAUGGAAGAGAGUGAUGUGGAUGGUGUUAUUGAUGAACUUGCUGGAGUGAAUUUUGGGUGGAACAAUUUGAGGAUCUCAGUUUUUUCUGAAGGGGAAGACGAAGAUGAAGAAGGGGACUAUUUGUUAUCUGAUAGUGAGGAUGAGGGAUUUGAAGAUGAAGAUGGAGGCUUUUUCUUCUAUUAAAUUUAAAAUACGGUUUGUGGGAUUGGUUCGAUUUGGUGUAAAACAAUUGCAUUUGAGAAUGAUGAGGGAAUAAAUUGACCUUGUAUAGUAUCAGUAGAAGUAGUAUGGCUGUUCAAGGAAGUCAUCAAAUGGGUGAUUAACAUUUUAAGCUUGGCUUCAUCAUUUUUUCAUUGAAGGUGGCGACUAUUGCUUCCAAUUUUGCAUAAUGGUACGUUUCUCUUCCAAAUUGCUUCUGACUUGUGAGUGUAUGGAUUUUAUGCACUUUAUAUAUAAAUUAUGAGAUUGAUACACAUGAUGAAUGAAUCCUCUAUUAAUAGUUAUAACAUUAACAUAGAUAAUGCAUCCCUAGUUUGUAGUUUAUUGAGCAACAUGUUAAUCUCUGCAACUUCUCUGAUAGAUUCUAUCUUUAACAUUAGUUUCUGGUUUACAUGUUAGCAUAUAUAACUACUUCUUCAUAACUGCUCAAAGACUAAAUCUGAGAUUUUCACAAAUGGCUUUGUGGUUAAAAGUGUGAUGGAAACAUAUAAACGACUAUAAUAUUCUUACACUAAUGUCGAGCUGGUUUUUCCUGAAGCCUGAAAGAAAUGAAAGAUGUUAGACUCGUUUUCCUUUAUUUCGCAUUGGAUGGGUAGAGAAUGGACAGGUUAAAUGGCACAAUGGUUUUUGGAUGAAGUUUUCUACUUUAUAUAUAUAAAUCAUAUCUUUAGAACAUGGCCGCCUGCAGAAUAGAAAACGAAAGAUCUUAUCUACUAGAGUGUCCUGCAGCCAUAGUAGGUAUAGUGAGAACCAAUGAUUUUGUCUGAAAAAUUGAACUGGCUAAACUCGGAGCUGAAGUUUGAGCAUAACAAAAAGAUUGUGGAAUUUGAUUCGGACCGAGCACAUGUAUGACCUAAUAUCGCUUGCCAACAAAUUGAAUUUAUGAUUGAAUGCUUACCUUGCUCUCGUUUGAAGAUUAUCUUGAACUUUUUUCAUUUAUGGAUGAAAAUUUACCAGUCUGUGUUGGUGUUAUAUGCAAGCAUGAUUAACUUGUUACUUGUUUUCAAUUACACCAGAUAAGAGUACUCUAACUAUAAAUUACUGAGUUUAUGUGUUGAGCUGAUCAUAUUUGUUCCCUCUUAUGCUACCAAAUUUAUGCAAAACUUUUCAACGGAGAUAAAAUUGCAAAUGCAGCUGAUAACUCAUCCUUGGUUAUAUCAAAUUCAGGCCCUGGAAAAAGAAUAGUGCCGGUGUCAUGAAAACACAGUUCGUAUUAAUCUCAGUGGCAUCUCCAACCUAGGGCGUGACCCUGCAUCAACUUAUACGAGUUUUACCAUUCACUAGAAAUUCGUUUAUAAUUUUCAACUUAAAGAAUUACUUGUUGGAUUAACCCAUUUUAAGGUCCUUAACUUCACGUUUUUUUAUUUAUUUGAUCAAUGAACUUUCAUUUGGUUCUUUAA